AUUAUCGCUCUAACGCUCAGCUCCAGCUCACUAAGAAAAUCAUGCGACGCCUGUAGAGGACAGCAGCGUAUAAAACCCCCCAAUGGCGUUGCGCCACGCUGUCGCUCCACACCAUUCUCCCUUCGCUUCGAGACCCCCGCUCUCGCCUGCCACUUUCGCUACCGGAAUCGCUCCUCCUCCUCCAAAGAAGACCAACGCUCGCCUCUCCUUCUCCGUAUCCGCUUCGUCAAUGGCUUCUCCUCCUCCUAAGAAGGUUUUGGUCCCGGUGGCCGACGGAAGCGAGCCGCUCGAGGCGGUGGUGACGAUCGACGUGCUGCGGAGGGCCGGGGCCGACGUCACCGUGGCUUCGGCGGAGGAGCAGCUCCGCGUGGACGCGUGCGAAGGCAUGAAGAUCGUCGCCGACGCGCUGAUCUCCGACUGCGCCGACACGGCCUUCGAUCUCAUCGCGCUACCUGGAGGAUUGCCCGGUGCUUCUUCCCUCAGGGACUGUAAGAUUUUGGAAAACCUGGUGAAGAAACAAGCUGCAGAUGGCCGGCUGUAUGCUGCUAUCUGUGCAUCGCCUGUGGUGGUGCUAGGAUCGUGGGGUUUGCUUAAGGGAUUGAAAGCAACUUGUGCUCCAAUUUUCAUGGAGCAAUUAUCAUCUUUGGCUACAGCCGUCGAAUCCAGGGUGCAGGUAGAUGGCAAAACGGUCACCAGUCGUGGACCUGGUACUACUAUGGAGUAUGCUGUUACCUUAGUAGAGCAAUUGUUUGGAAAAGAGAAGGCGGAAGAAGUUGCUGGACCACUGGUGAUGCGCUCCAAUCAUGGUGAUGAAUAUCAUAUAUUGGAACUGAAUCCGAUGGACUGGACUUUUAAUCGAGGCCCUCAGCCUCAGAUUCUGGUGCCUAUUGCCAAUGGCUCAGAGGAAAUGGAAGCUGUUAUCAUCAUUGAUGUUCUGCGGCGAUCAAAAGCAAAUGUUGUAGUAGCCUCUGUUGAGGAUAAAGUUGAGAUUGAGGCAUCUCGCAAAGUGAAACUAGUUGCAGACAUGCUCUUUGAUGAGGCUUCUAAACUCUCAUAUGAUCUUAUUGUGUUGCCUGGAGGAUUGGGUGGAGCUCAGGCAUUUGCUAAGUGUGAAAAAUUAGUCAAUUUACUGAAAAAGCAGAAGGAAUCAAAUAGACCAUAUGGAGCGAUAUGUGCAUCCCCCGCUUUAGUUCUGGAGCCUCAUGGUUUGUUGAAGGGAAAGAAGGCUACAGCUUUCCCCGCGAUGUGCAAUAAGUUGUCGGAUGCGAGCGAAGCUGAAAACAGAGUGGUGGUGGAUGGCAACCUCAUAACAAGCAGAGGGCCUGGAACAUCCAUGGAAUUUGCAUUGGCGAUAGUGGAAAAGUUCUUUGGGCGCAAGAAGGUGUUAGAGCUCACAAAGGCCUUUAUCUUUACUCAUCCGUAGAGCCCUUCUUGACUGCUUUCAUCAUGUCAACUUGUAGAGCUGUGAAAUACCCGAACUCAUGUUCGGGUACCAAGUUUAGUUUCGCCAGCCACGUUUGUAUGUACGAAUAAGGCGUGAAGUGAGUCUGAGUUACUUGCUGUGCGUAACCCUCUCGUAUUGAUGUAUGUAAUCACCUCCGGGAUGUUGCUCGUGCAUCUUGGGGUUGUGGAGAGUAUUAACUUGGGGUGCUUCUUGUUUUGCGUAAA